AUGUCUACUACACAUUCUCCCUUACGGGCCAAGAAAUCCUUCCACAUCCCCAAGCUAUUCUCGCCCAAAACCACCCCAAUUACAGGGGAAAGUGGUUAUGUAAAGCAAGAAACCAUCUCGUUCCCGGUGCCCAAACCAGAGCCGGAGGACUUUGGAUUCCUGGAACUUGCGGCCGGGGCCGACCCUACCCUUGAUAUCGUCGCUAUUCAUGGUCUAGAUGGUCACAGGAAGACGACCUGGAUGGCCGAGAAUGGCAAACUGUGGCUUCAAGACUUUUUGCCGGCCGACUUGCCCAAUGCACGAGUGCUCACGUAUGGCUAUGACGCGAACACUUGUAAUCGGAGGCGCGUUUCAACGCAGACAAUACGCACACAUGCGGAAAAAUUCUUGCAAGAGCUCUCAAGGAAGCGACAGAGUGCUCCUCGACGACCGAUCGUGUUCGUGGCCCAUAGCCUGGGUGGGAUCAUUCUUAAACAGGCACUUGUCAACAGCGACCGCUAUGCCGAUUUCUGUGAUAUCCUACCCUCUACUCAUGGCGUUUUAUUUUUCGGAACUCCUCAUUCUGGUGCAAACGGCGUCAAGCAUUUACAGAUCCUCAAUAAAUUGCGGUCACUCCUCAAGAAGACGACGAACAAUCUCCUUCGGCAUCUGGAGCCAAACUCGGACGAGCUAGAGAACUUACAGAUGUAUUAUCAGAGAGUCAGCGAGGGAUUCGAAACUGUCUGCUUCUAUGAGGAAUAUCCGACUCCUACCAUUGUACCGCGCCACGCCGCUACUCUUGUUGGUGAUCGUAAAGUAACUCGGGAGGUGCUCCACGGUGACCACUGCGAAAUGGUCAAGUUCUCGGACAGCAGUCGGAGCGACUAUCAAGCUGUUUUAUCCUAUCUAGUUCGAUGGAUGAAGGAGGUUACUGGCAACGUCGUAGACAAUACUUAUCCAAGUGCACCUCAAGAAGAGCCGCCAUUGGUGCCCAAGCUCAUAAACAUCCCCAAACCUGUACCGCCCGGUUCAAGGGUCUAUAUCAGGCGUCCAAAAAUCCAAUCACGCAUGGAUCGGUUACUCGUUCCAAAUGGCAGGAGAACUCGUCAACCACGUUGUAUUCUGUAUGGCGCCGGAGGUGCUGGCAAAACUCAACUUGCAACGACAUGGAUUAAAGAACAUAAAGCCCUGGUAAUCGUCGUUGAUGCGAGUAGCAGACGGCAACUUGAGGUCGACUUGCAAAGAGAAAUCCGCAUGGUCGGCCCUGAAUACGCGAAAUCAACAUGGGAAGAUGCUAUUGCAUACCUCAACAACCGGGGGGGCUGGUUACUUUUCCUUGAUAAUGCCGACUUCCAAGACUUCAAACUCGACCCCUAUCUUCCUAGCUCCCCUCAUGGAGCAGUUUUGAUUGCGACUAGGAACCAUAACUGUCGGAAUUAUGAGCCAGACGGUGCCAUUCCCGUGGAGGGUCUGACGGAAAGCGAAGCGAUUGAGCUCCUUCAUACUACCGCCAACAUCAAGCCUGCGUCCAUUGGUGCCUCCUUGAAGAUUGUAAGGGAGAUAGGGACGCUGCCACUUGCGGUCGCUCAAGCUGGGGCAUACAUUUUCGAGAAUCGUCGUUUCGACAGCUACCUCGCUACCCUCCGAGAACGUCGAUAUCAACUUCUGCGGGAAGGCCUGCUCAAGGGCACCAAAGAUUCUCAUUCAGCCUAUGCAGCAUUCGACCUGUCCUUCCGUCAGCUACCGAUCAAGGCGCAGAAGCUCCUGAAGAUAUUUGCCUGUUUCCACCAUACAAGAAUUCCUAUGGCCCUGUUCGAGGAGGCGAUUGCUUCAGGCUUUGCUCCCCGCACCGGCCUAAGGAGCUGUCCCCCGCCAGAGGGCGAUGAGACGAUCGUCUCCAAUAUCACGGACAUUCUUUGUUCCCCUUGGGAUGAAAGAUCGUUCCAGGCUCUGAUCGAUGCGGCGCAGAGCGCGUCUUUUAUCGACACAAUUACCGACACCUCGGGGAGCGUGUUUUACUCGAUCCAUCCACUUCUCCAACGAUACAUUCAAGAUUCGUUCGGUGAGCAGGGGAUUCAGUAUAAACGGAUGGCCGCUCGAAUCCUGCUCGGAGUGGCACAGCGACCCAGAGAGAGCAACAGCUGGUACUGGCAACUAGUACCGCAUAUUGAUGCUCUUCCUCAAACGAUCAAGGAGGCAGACCUCGCGCAUACAAUCGGUUUUCACCAGGUCUACAAGUCCUUGGGCUUCUGGAAGGAUACCAGAAAACUGCUCAAGGUCGCUCUUUCCAAACUUCAGGACAUGCACGGUCGUGCACAUCAGGAUUCAGUACGUACAAUGGGCUGGCUCGCCGAAGCGACACGACAUUGCGGACAGCUGGAGGAUGCCCAGAGGCUGGAACGGGAGGCGCUUGCUAUGCGUAUUGAGCUCCUUAGACAACGUCAUCCUGGUUCAAUCGCAACCAUGGCAAACCUUGCAAAUACCCUGCAAACCCGUAGACAAUGGGAAGAGGCUGUGAAGCUGCAGCGGGACUUACUUGACAUGUACAUUGAGCAUUUUGGACAAGACCAUGCCGACACUAUUACGGCAAUGCAUGGCCUUGCAGACACCCUCCGUGCUCGUGCGCAAUGGGAAGAAUAUAUAAACUCGGCAAGAAGGGCACUUCGUGUGCAUACCGGGUUCGGAGGAUAUCUUCGCGAUAGUCUGACGAUGCGCACCCCUGAUAGCUGUUCAUCAGCACGGGAGGUAUAG